AAACCACAUGUUUAAGACCAUGUGAGCUAUGGUGUAGAUAACACCGUGUAUAUAACGGUUCUUGCCCCCACACCCGUCACUCCAGCCACCGUCCUCGCCCACCAAGAUGUUCCGCUUUGCCGUGGUUGCCCUGCUUGCUGCUGUUGCCGUCGCAGUAGAUUUGAACAGAGAGUGGGCCAUAUUUAAGACCUCUUAUAACAAGAAUUACCUGACAGAGGAAAAUGAAGUCCUCAGACGCAUGGUCUGGGAGAACAAUGUGAAGUACAUCCAGACUCACAACCUGGAGGCUGAUAGAGGGCUGCACACCUACAGACUCGGGGUCAACGAGUACGCAGACCUGACUACAGAGGAGUUUGUGAAGCAGAUGAACGGCCUCCGGAUGGCCAACACCACAGGUGGCGCCACCUUCCUGCCCCCCAGUGUCGGAGAUCCCCCGGCCGAGGUUGACUGGAGGACCAAGGGAUACGUCACAGAGGUCAAGAACCAGCUUGCGUGCGGAUCCUGCUGGGCGUUCUCCGCCACCGGCUCCCUGGAAGGACAACACUUCAAGAAGAAUGGAAAACUCGUGUCUCUGUCGGAGCAGAACCUGGUCGACUGCUCCAAGCCUGAAGGAAACCAUGGCUGUGGGGGCGGUCGGAUGGAAUUCGCCUUUGAGUACAUAAAGGUCAACGAAGGCAUCGACACUGAAACGUCGUACGCUUACAAAGCAAGGGACGACAGGUGCAGAUUCAAGAGAGCCAAUGUGGGUGCCACCGAUACAGGCUUCACGAUCAUCCAGCGCGGUAGCGAGUCUGAUCUUCAGAAUGCCGUUGCCACGGUUGGCCCGAUCUCCAUCGCCAUCGACGCAAGUCGCCCCACCUUCCGUCUGUACAAGAGCGGCAUCUACGACGACCCGUCGUGCAGCUCAACGCAUCUGGACCACGGCGUUUUGGCUGUUGGAUACGGCACAACCAGCGAGGGUGUGGACUACUGGCUUGUCAAGAACAGCUGGGGAACAUCCUGGGGAGACCAGGGAUAUCUCAAGAUGUCCAGGAACAAGGACAACCAGUGUGGUAUCGCCACCUCGCCCAGCUACCCCAUUGUGUAAUGGACCCGUCCACGACGUGACACCAUUUUAAAUUCAGAAUUACUACUCUGAUACGACACCUUCUGACAAACCCUCCGUAGAAGGCCGCGCCAUGUGUACCCAAUUAAAACGAUGGAUGCAUGAAUACUUGAUCGAAAUGUCAGCUUUCUAAAACAACAGGAUGCAUCCAUAUCGAAAUAACCUUGGAUGUUAGUUCCUGAGAUACAGAAAUCAGAAAUGCUCCGAAUCCUUCUCUCUCGCCUACCGAGAAUUUAGUAAACUCUACGCUGAUUGGAUGAUUAGAAUGUUCACGUGAUACGACCUCCAAUGAAGGGUUUGUCCGAUCUUCUUGCAGAGAGACGACGUAUCCUGUAACAUAUGAAUGUAAUGAUACUGUAUUUUGGUGAAAUGAUGUAUGUUAUGUCAAAUACAAGAAUUGUUCAAAGAUUUCAAUGAUUUAUUUUGUGAACACAACGUAAUCAAUAAAAUGUCAAAGAUAGAAA